GCUGCCGCGUCGCCGCCGCUGCCGGCCGCGGCCAUGGAGACGGACGCGCGGGGCGCGGCGGUGCUGGGCGGCCUGGCCGAGGUGGUGGAGCGCGUCCUCGGCUUCCUGCCCAUCAAGGCGCUGCUGCGCGCUGCCUGCGUGUGCCGGCUGUGGAGGGAGUGCGCCCGGCGGACGCUGCGGGCGCGGCAGCGCGUCGCCUGGGUGUCGGCGCUGGAGCCGGGCCCCGCCGAGAGCCACGCGCUGGUGCGCGCCCUGGCCCGCGAGCUGGAGAAAGUACAUGUGCUGCCACAAACUGUGCUCUAUAUAGCAGAUGCAGAAACAUUCAGUGGACACGGGGAGUGUCACGAACAAAAGAAAGCAAGAAAAAGGAACAGUAAAGAAACAGCAAUUGCGCUAGAGAAAUUGUUGCCAAAGCGAUGCCAAGUUCUUGGACUCGUCACCCCAGGGAUUGUAGUUACCCCUAUGGGUUCAAGCAGCAGUCGACCUCAAGAAAUUGAAGAAGGUGAAGCUGGCUUUGCUCUUUUGUUUCCCAAAAUUGAUGGUGUGAAAAUCCAUACCUUCCAUUUUUUUAAAGACACAAAGAACAGAAUCUUCGAUGAAAGUAAAUUUGCUGAAGCAGGUCUGAAAAAUAAUCCAGAUCUCCGUGUGGUUCUUCUGUUUGGCUAUAAUUCCUGGAAAUCUGGAGCUACUCGAUUUCUUCAUCAAAUAGUCAAUCCUUUGAAUGAAAAAAGUAUCAUCCUGGCUGGGGGACAAGUGGAAAGCUUUACAUCACUGACCUCUGAGAAUAACACUGCCCAGCCCGGCGAUGCCUGCGGUGUGGUCGGACUGGCUUUCAGCGGCCCCCAGAUCCAGAGCGCAACCGUUUUGUUAGACCAGGAUGUAGCUGACGAGAGGACGGCAGAAGCCGCGAUGCAGCGUCUCAAAGCCGCAAACAUCCCUGAGCGCAACACCAUUGGCUUCAUGUUUGCGUGUGUUGGCAGAGGAUAUCGGCAUUAUAAAACCAAAAGGAAUAUGGAAGCAGAUGCAUUUAGGAAGUUCUUUCCAAAUGUUCCGCUCUUUGGCUUUUUUGGACAUGGGGAAAUAGGAUGUGAUCGAAUAGUUACUGGGAAUUUCGUAUUGAGAGAAUGUAAUGACAUAAAGGAGGACCUGCUUCAUGGUUAUACUACAGUUAUGACUCUUAUUCAUCUUGGUUCCACCAAAGCAAACCAAGUGUAAAUAUGUUUUUAAUACAUCAGUUCCAUGUUUUCAUUCCAGAAAACUGAGAAGUCUGGAAGAGUGGACAUCUUGCAAUGAAAGCACCUUCCAAAAUGUUGUUUUCAUAACAAUAUCAAAUCUUGUAGUUUGAAUAGAGUUUAAUAUAAUAGCUGUGAGAAAGCUUUGCAUUUUGCAUAAUUCUGUAUGCACAUCAGAACUGCAGGUAAAUUGUUAUUGAUGGAAUUUUGCAACCAGAAAGCCACUUUCUUCUAAGAUGAGUAAGCUUUGCACAAAUGACAGUUGGAUUCCAAAUAUCAACACAGAAAUAAACGGUAUUUUGUUGUUCUCUAUUUAUGUAUGUAAAACAGUCUAGAAAAAGUACUGAUGCAUACCAAAAUACCGAUGCAUGAAAUCCACCAUUUCCUGGAUUUUAUUUCAAGAGAUGCGCAACUUGCCUAGACUUGAGACCUAUUUACAAAGCUAAACAAUUUUACUAGAUAAAAUGAAUGAAAAUCUUUAGAUAACAAUAACAAAGUGCUCACUAAAUAAAAAAUUAAAGUACGUAAAGGUACCUUUUCCUCUGUUUUUGGAGAAGAAAAACCUCUGCUUUAAGGAGAUGUUGUGCAGUUACAAACUCACCUUGUCUCACCAUCUUGAGUUGAUUUUUAGUUUUCUUAAAUAUCUGAUGUAGAAAAUUUAUCUGAUACUGUUUAUGUAGUAGCAAUUCCAGUCGUGGUCUUGGAAUAUUCAGCUUACACAAUGAAAAUGGACUGGACAUCUUUUCAGUUCUCUUGCAUCAUCGUACUCCCCAUUGUUUUUUAAAUCCAGAGUGCUAAAAAUGAAGACCCUACUUACUAUUUUUAAAUUCCUUUCAGAAGGGUUUUGUUUUUUGGUUCGAAAUUGUGGGCCAUACAACAUCUGGCUUUGUUCCAUUUAUAUGCCAAUUCUUUAGCAAAGAUGUGCUGGAAUCUAGCAUUACAGAGUUCAGAUGAGUAAAUUCAGCAAAGUCUCAGGCUACUUGUAAUUCCUCCCUUUUCCUUUCGUGUAGUAAUAGAGCAAUAAGAAAGUAAGAUCCAUUUUGUACUGUUUCACCACACCUCUAAACGCCAAAUCGGGCCUCUGUCCUGCUCUGUUUAACAAGAGAAUGCUUGGCUGUAUGCUGUACAACAGAACAGCUCCUGUGUUACAGUUUUAAAUGUAACAACCGAGACUACAGUGUGUCACUUUUUGCCAGUGUAGAGUUAAAUCUUUUCAUGGGAAUGGACCUAAGUAGCUCAGGCAGAGGCAGCUUUAUCUGAGCCUACAUCUCUUGGUUACAGCGCUUGGCUGGGCCUUCCUUGGUGAGGGGCUGGGACCUGCCGGUGGCCUCCCGCGAACAGGAGAUGAGUAAGCCUGGGUCUGAUGUGGAAAACCUGUAGGUCCUGCCUUUGGAAGAAAAGGUAUUUGGGAACUGGAUCUGCUUGGAUCUUGAAGCCUCUGUGUGAGGCGGGUACGUUUGCUCUUUUUGGCACAACCUGAACGUCAGCUUUGGCCCUCUCAGACCACGUAGCCUUAGGGCAGGCAAAGAAACGGUUUCGUUUCCGUAACACGGUCAGGACUACUGGAGCAGGUGGCGCGAGCGUUAAACUAGCACAGCCGGCAGCGUAAGCCUGGCAACUUUGACUGCCGUCCUGCUGCGACACGAGUGGAUGAAGACCGAUCGGCCAGGUGCCCCGAACAGCACGAGAGCUCCGGGGUGCGAAGGAAAGCAGCCAAACGGUGCAGCUGACCCGCUGGUCAUCCAGAAGCACAACCCGGAACGCGUCCGGAGCGCCCGCGCCACACGGAUCGCGAGCACCAGCAGCAGCGACGGCACCGCCGAACACGACGGCACGCUUUGAGCAGACCGAUCACCGGCGGCGUUUUCUCUACCCAGUCCCGUAGCGCCAGACACUUAAUGCUGCAGUGACGCAGUGAGACAGAGACGCCGGGGGAAGCCUGCGGGCCUGCGCUGGGCCCGGCAUGGUCCCUGCAGCCCCUGGGGGCCCAGGCCGGCCCCACGGCUGGAACCGCUACGGUCACCCCCAGCGUCUCUGCCGGACCCUCUCACGUGACAGAGAAGUCACGUAAUUCACAACGCUGCAUAUAGCUGUGAUUAAAGUGUUUUGGAACCCAGAAUUCAUGUAUCACGUGGUCUUAAACUGCAACAGCUCCUGAGUGAAACUAAAAUAUAGACGCUUAGAAAGCAGCAUACCAAAAGCCAAUACUUGUUCUGAAUAGAUUUGGAAGUUCUGCAAUACAGUAAUUUAUAUCUCUGCCACUCAAAAAAAAAAAAAAAAAAAAAAAAAGAUAAAAGAAUAUUCAGCAACUGAGGCAAAUGUGAACAGCAGUGUUUCUUACUAACCAUUCAAAAACAUCCCUAAAAAAAAUUACCUGCACAAUUAGGAGUGCAGAUGGCAAUACACUCCUUGCAAGCAUAUAUAAUCCGUAAGUGACCACAACUGGAUAUUGUUUAGGGGAAAAAGGAAAGAAAACCUUCAAAGGCACAAGACCUGCAGGAUAAGGUGUGGGGUUUUCCUGAUAGAAGUAAUAUUUUGUGGAACAUUUCUUCUUUUAACGCUUCUUUUGAUCAAGUGAACUGUAGGUUUCAAAACUACAAAAAUAAGCAAAUUGUGUGUAAACUCGCAUAACCAAAACAGUAUUUACCAAGCAAACAUAAACCUAUUACUAAAAUUUUUAUUUCAAAGUUACUAAUCCAGAAAUCCUCUCCUUAUAAAAUGUUUGUUCAAUGUGCAUUUGUAAAAAAGCAAGAGUAAUCUGAUGAAGAGGAGCCAAAUUAUGCUAAAUUUUAACAACUGUACUGUCAGGAAAAAAUUUUGGUUAAAACCUCCAGAAAACUGCAAAGAUGAAGAAAAUGUGGGGUUUUGGUCACUUUCUGUGCCUGAAGAUUUGUUUUGGCUCAAGUUAAUACUGGAACAAGCCUUAUUUUAACUGAUGAAUGAGUCAUACUGAAUCAUGCCCUUUUGGCUGGGAACAGCAAACCAAGAUAUGUGAACGAUGCAGCCAAACUCCAACUUUCAGCACGCAGAAAAGAGGGCUGGUAAGAAUGCAAACCUCAAAUUGAGAUUUUUUUGGGGGGAAAAACAAAUCUUUAAAUGUAUUUCAGAAUUAAUUUUUAAUUAAAAGUCUACCUGAGGAAUCA